AUGGAGGGUCAUUGUUAUGACCGAUUCGGAGAUGGGGAGAGGGACACUUACCAAAUCGACUACCGGAGGAUAGUAGGGGACAUGGAACCAGCACGGCCGCGCAUCUCAAACAGAGAUGGGGAACAACCUCACCCCUACGGGGCCUAUGCCCACCCAACACCACAUGGACACGGGCAUGAGACCGCAGCCCAGCGAUACAGUGCUACACGUAUCCAAGCUGGAUAUGAACCAGAGAGCAUGGCAGACUACCUGAUCAGUGGAGGCACAGGUUAUGUUCCUGAAGAUGGAUUAACAGCACAACAGCUCUUUUCUAUCGGCGAUGGACUUACAUACAAUGACUUCUUGAUCCUCCCUGGUUUCAUAGACUUCACUUCUGAUGAGGUGGAUCUAACUUCUGCAUUGACAAGGAAGAUAACCCUGAAGACGCCUCUUAUUUCAUCUCCCAUGGAUACAGUCACAGAGUCAUCCAUGGCCAUCGCCAUGGCACUGAUGGGUGGGAUUGGAAUAAUUCAUCAUAACUGUACUGCUGAGUUCCAGGCCAAUGAGGUGCGCAAAGUCAAGAAAUUUGAGCAAGGCUUUAUUACAGACCCAGUGGUAAUGAGUCCCCGGCACACAGUGGGGGACGUGUUUGAGGCAAAGAUUCGCCACGGUUUCUCUGGGAUCCCUGUUACAGAGACCGGAAAGAUGGGCAGCAAGCUGGUCGGCAUAGUCACAUCCAGAGACAUAGACUUUCUGUCUGAGAAGGACCAUGACAGACCUCUGGAAGAGGCGAUGACAAAAAGGGAAGAUUUGGUUGUUGCGCCCGCUGGAGUCACACUAAAAGAGGCUAAUGAUAUACUGCAACGUAGCAAAAAAGGUAAGCUUCCCAUAGUGAAUGACAGUGAUGAGCUGGUUGCCAUCAUUGCGAGGACUGACUUGAAGAAGAACAGAGAUUACCCUCUGGCUUCCAAGGACUCCCGCAAACAGCUGCUGUGUGGCGCUGCCAUCGGUACGAGGGAGGACGACAAAUACAGACUGGACCUCCUCAUGCAGGCUGGGGUGGAUGUGGUUGUCCUGGAUUCCUCUCAAGGAAACUCAGUGUAUCAAAUCAACAUGAUAAAUUACAUCAAACAGAAAUAUCCUGAACUGCAGGUAGUUGGAGGGAAUGUGGUGACAGCUGCUCAGGCUAAAAACCUCAUAGAUGCUGGUGUGGAUGCCCUGAGGGUGGGCAUGGGCUGCGGCUCCAUCUGCAUCACCCAGGAAGUGAUGGCAUGCGGACGGCCACAAGGAACAUCUGUGUACAAGGUUGCAGAGUAUGCCCGACGUUUUGGAGUGCCAGUAAUCGCUGAUGGAGGCAUCCAAACUGUUGGACACGUGGUGAAGGCUCUGGCCCUGGGAGCAUCUACAGUGAUGAUGGGGUCGUUGCUCGCGGCAACCACUGAAGCUCCAGGAGAAUAUUUCUUUUCAGAUGGUGUGCGUCUGAAAAAGUACAGAGGAAUGGGCUCCUUGGAUGCCAUGGAAAAAAACAACAGUCAGAAACGUUACUUCAGUGAGGGAGAUAAGGUGAAGGUGGCUCAAGGUGUCUCAGGAUCAGUGCAAGACAAAGGCUCCAUCCACAAGUUUGUUCCUUACCUCAUUGCUGGCAUCCAACACGGCUGUCAGGACAUAGGAGCCAAGAGUUUGUCCAUUUUACGGUCGAUGAUGUACUCUGGAGAGCUGAAGUUUGAGAAGAGAACCAUGUCUGCUCAGAUGGAGGGAGGAGUCCACGGCCUCCACUCAUAUUCUUUUGUGCCAUUUAUGAAAAGCGGCUUUACUGAGGCGGGAGGAAGAGGAAGCACUCGAUCAGGACCCAGCGUCCCGAGCCCAGCAGCUAUGAGCAGAUGCACCGGGCGCACAUGAUCAAACUACAAAUACAGAGCUGACGCUGCUGUGCAACAGCCACACUCUCUUGUUCUUGUCUGGCCCAUGUCUGACCCUUUCAAAGAUAGACGAAACAACACACUUUAACCUGAGUCUAACGUUUAAAAUAAGUGUAAAGAGUUCAUGUGCAGUUAUGUCCAUUACAUGAACUCUUUAUAUGUCUUUUUCCUGCUCAGGCCAAGGUGUGGUAGGGUAAAUGUAAUUAACUAUUCUGCAGAUCCCUUCCAACAAGAAAACACAUGUCAUUAAGUACUUCAGGAAAGGCUUAUCAUGGCUGAUCUAAUGAGAGGCCUAUCUCCUUGUUGCACCCUGGUACAGAGGAGCACACAAGAAACAACAUUUGCAGGAAAUGAGGCAGUCAGAUACUUUAUUUACAGAGUAAAAGACAUGCAACAAAAAAGCACGAGCAGCAGCAUGUGUCUGACAUUAUGUUUUAAAUGUUUAACAGUUUAUUUCAUUAAAAGAGGAAAGUAACACAGAAGUAAAACAGCUUUAGGACAGCUCUUUGCUGCUAAUGAAAGCAGAAUCCAGAAGUGUAAAACAACCUAGAAUUAUAUGCAUGGUCAUGUUUUCUAGCCUUGUGUAUAAAGCUUACUAAGCCAGGAGGAGACAUACAGUGUCGUACAUAUAGAACAAUUAUGUUCCCAUUAUCUUCUUGCAGCACUGACUGGCUUUAAAGUUCAGCGUCAUUUCUCUGACAGAUGAAAAUUUGGCUUUCACAUGAUGAAUGCUCUGCUCUGAUCAUACUGCAUGUAAUCUCACCCGCAGCCGGUGAGUUCUGUGUUCUGUACUGCACGGUUGCAGAAGGUACCAAAGUUUAGCAUCAGCCUUAAUUCACAUAUACGUACACAUCUCUAGCAAGCAGUGUCUUAAAGGAACGGGCGUGUGUAAUCUCUGUCCGGAUUCUCCCCGUUUAUCGUUAUUUGGCUUAGAAAAUACUGGACAACAAAAUGUUUGAGUGACGAGAUAGGAGACUGUCGACGCUUAACGUUUCAGUUAUCUGAUUAUAAUUCCAUACAACAUCCAUGUUGCGAUCUUCCAUAAUUUAAUUUUGCAAAAACACGUGAUUAAUUACAUGGCUUAUGGCUGUAAAUAAAAGAGCUAAUUGUUUUGUUUUUCAGGCUCAGUAUUUAAAAAUAAAAAGGUGAGUCAAUGAAAGGACACUAUAGAGUCUGUGGAGUAGGGUAGUAACAAACCACUUGCCCAACUUUAUAGAUUUGUAGACAAAAAGUUGAUUUACCAGUUUUCAUUGUGAUUGUGUAUUUUUUUGGAGCUACUCAGUGUCUGGUAUUACAUAUGCCGCUCUAUGAUAAAAAAAAAACCCUUUACAAUCACUUGCAUUAUUAUGCUCCCUGCUCACCAGUUAAAUGAGCUCUUGUCUCAAAGCUGUUCUUUCUCGAGGGUAACAGAAAACAGAAAAUAUAUUUGUCUUCUUCUAUCACCUACCCUAAAGCUUCAAAAUUAUAUUUACUGUAAAU